ACCAGGUGAACGGAUACUUUACAGGAAGAAGAAAUGACGUAAACCGUUCACUCUCCAGACUUUAAAGUCAAGGUGGGAAGGAAGGUCAGGAAGAACAUGGCCUGGCCGCAUAUUUUUCAGAGAGGAACUCUGCUCUCCCGGUUCAGCCAUCAUCAUGUAGUCGUGUUCCUGCUCACCUUCUUCAGUUACUCAUUGCUCCACGCGUCAAGAAAAACAUUUAGCAAUGUCAAAGUCAGUAUCUCCAAGCAGUGGACCCCAAGCGCUUUCAACAAGUCAAUUGAACUGCCUGUAGAGAUCUGGAGCAGCAACCACUUGUUCCCCAGUGCAGAGGAAGCCACUCUUUUCCUUGGAACACUGGAUACCAUUUUCCUCUUCUCCUACGCUGUGGGCCUUUUCAUCAGCGGUAUUGUUGGGGAUCGGCUCAAUUUGCGAUGGGUUCUGUCCUUCGGCAUGUGCUCUUCUGCACUGGUGGUGUUUGUCUUUGGCACCCUCACAGAAUGGCUGCGUUUCUACAACAAGGGGCUAUACUGCUGUCUGUGGAUUGUGAACGGCCUGCUGCAGUCCACCGGUUGGCCCUGUGUGGUUGCCGUCAUGGGCAACUGGUUUGGGAAAGCUGGACGAGGAGUUGUUUUUGGUCUCUGGAGUGCCUGUGCUUCAGUGGGCAAUAUUUUGGGAGCCUGUCUGGCAUCUUCUGUUCUGCAGUAUGGUUAUGAGUAUGCCUUCCUGGUGACGGCGGCUGUGCAGUUUGCUGGUGGGAUCAUCAUCUUCUUUGGACUCCUGGUGUCACCGGAAGAAAUUGGUCUCCCAGGUAUUGAGGCAGAAGAAAAUUUUGAAGAAGACUCACACAGGCCAUUAAUUAAUGGUGCUGACAAUGAAGAUGAAUCUGAGCCUAAUUAUUCAAUCCAAGAAGACGACACUGCUUCCCAAGUCAAGGCAAUAAGCUUUUAUCAAGCGUGCUGCCUUCCCGGAGUUAUACCGUAUUCACUGGCCUACGCCUGCCUGAAGCUAGUGAAUUACUCCUUCUUCUUCUGGCUGCCCUUUUAUCUGAGUAACAACUUCGGGUGGAAGGAGGCCGAAGCCGACAAGCUGUCCAUUUGGUACGAUGUCGGAGGGAUUAUAGGUGGAACUUUGCAAGGCUUCAUCUCUGACGUGCUACAGAAGAGGGCCCCGGUUUUAGCUCUCAGUCUGCUCCUGGCAGUCGGGUCCCUCGUUGGAUAUAGUCGUUCUCCAGACGACAAGUCCAUCAAUGCACUUCUGAUGGCUGUUACAGGAUUUUUUAUUGGUGGACCCUCUAAUAUGAUUAGCUCUGCUAUUUCUGCGGACCUGGGCCGUCAGGAGCUGAUCCAAGGGAGCAGUGAGGCUUUGGCGACCGUCACAGGGAUUGUUGAUGGGACGGGGAGCAUCGGAGCUGCGGUGGGCCAGUAUUUAGUGUCUCUGAUCCAGGACAACCUAGGAUGGAUGUGGGUUUUCUACUUUUUCAUUCUUAUGACAAGUUGUACAAUUCUAUUUAUUUCACCACUAAUAGUGAGGGAAAUAGGCUCUCUUUUGCAAAGACGACAAGCUCGCAUAUUGAGUGAGUGACGGAUGCCCACAAAAGAACAACAGGAGACCCGCCAGGACGGUAAUUUCUAAUCUGCCCUAUUGUGGGGUGGUCUUAGGAGCUCCAGCGUAGCCUCGGAUUGUCAAGCCUCUUUCAGCAGUGUCAGCCACCUGAGAUGCUGACCGGACUGAAGGCUGGGAGGUUUUUCUACACUACAGCAAUUACUGUUAAUGAUUUUUAUCGUUGUUUCACAAACGUACUGAAUGGCCUAGGACUCUUCCAGGGUCUUUGCUGGCCUGUGGCGGUGUAUCCCUUCAGCGCUGAAUGCUGCAUUGGGCUUGGACCCUUGUUCUCCAGCCUGGAAAGCUGAGUGACCGCGAGGCAGUCAUGCGCGGCUUCUGUCGACGACAUAUGUGCUCCAUGAAUAGAAAGGAUGGCUGCGUUUUGCUUUGGGAAUGAGUUUGCAGAGAGUGGUUCAUCUUUGAAGCACCAAAUCCUGAUCAAGUGCUCCAGCUGGAUCCAGCAUAAGCCUGCCUGGGACAGAGGAUCCCUUAGUUAACUGCGGUGGGAAAAAGCACACUACAUGUUGAUGGGCUCAGUCACUCUGGAUCUCCUCUGAGGUCGUUCAGCUGCAGAAGCAGACGUAUCUUCAAAUUAUUGUCAGCUUCUCCUCUGCCUUCAUUCAGAACUAUCCCUGACUCCUGGAAGCUCUUAGUCUUCCUUUUAAGGACCAUAAGGUACAUCAGUUGUGAACAUUCCAGUGUGUAACUUAUGACCGAAGUACUCGGCCCCAGACUUGUUCUCUGGGACUUCAGGAUCCACUAAGAAGCUGCUUGGCUUCCGGUUUUCAGAGGAUUGAUCUCUGCCACAACCGGGUUCCUUGAAUCACCUCAGCAGGAGACUAGAAUUAGAAUAGAAGGAUAGACCUUCAGGCCCUGUAAACGUUAAGCGUGUGACACUGAAUCACAUUAAUGGAUAACUGGGCCUGAGGGGUGUCUAGGUGUCCAUUCUUUAGAAGUUUGUAGCGUACUUGUCCUCAAGACUGUGAAUUCUGUACUAAUUAUCAAUAUUUUAAGGUUAUUCUGUAUAUAUAUAUUUUAAAUUAUAUAAAUGAACAGGCAAAAAAUGUGCAAUUUUGAGGGCUGCCUAAUUUGCAUUAGGUUAGGAAAUAUUUUUCAACCUCUUGCUUUAUACUCUGAAAUGUGAUGUGUUUAUGAACUUGUUAAUGUUAUUUAAUCAAGCAGACUGCCAAUCAGUUAAUUGCUCAUUACUGACAAAAAGGGAAAAUGAAACACAAAAAGGGAAAAUAAACUGACUUUUAUAAUAAA